AUGACGCUACGGAGACAGCUACUGACAGCCGGGAAAGAAGUACUGGAACGGGAAGGCGUGGGAGGUCUGCGCACCUUGGGACCCCCACCCCCCGAAACACAGGAGACUCCAGCCCCCAGCCCUCCGAUUGCCCUGCAGAUCCGAGCUAACCCCAGCUCCGAGGGCAGAAAGAGGUACAGUGACAUCUUCCAGAGCCUGGACAAUCUCGAGAUAUCACUGGGGAACGUGAAAAGACCUCACCUGGGGAUGUGGCUAAGUGGCUUUCGACCCCUGGCUGGAGACCUUGUACUCAGAGAAGACCUGGAGCCUGAGAAGACUGCCACAGUCACAGUGGUGAAUGAGGAGGAAGAACUAGAUUUGCGACUCGUUCGGACCAAGGCGGUGUGGAUGCUGCCCUGGAGUAUGCCAAGACAUGGAGCGAUAUGCAAGGAGCUGCUGGCCUGGACAGACAAGAGAGCCAGCUAUGAGCUCGAGUUUGCUAAGAGUGUCAUGAUGAUCGCUGAGCCGCCGCAAGGUGGCCAUUCUCCAGCAGAGUCCAAAUGCCACUCCAGUACAUCUACACCUUGUUUCUGGAGCAUGACCUCAGCCUGGGAUCCCUGGCCGUGGAAAACGCUGGACCCAGCAGAAGAGAAUUACCACCAGAAUGAGGCAGUGCAGGCUCUGCGGCGCGCCAGCUCCAGUACACUCAACGCAGAGAAGACCUGUGGGCACGUUCCCAGGGGUCCCCUGAGGACCCCGCUCCCAGGCGUCUCCCGGAUCCAGCAAGCAGCAGGAGCGCAGACGCGUUCCCGAGAGGAGGCACAGGCCAAGGUGGAGGCCCUUACCCAGAGCACAAGAGCGGAGGCUCUAUACCAGGCCUGUGUUCGGGAGGCCAAUGCGCGCCAGCAGGAUCUGGAGACCACCAAGCAGCGGAUAGUGUCACAUGUACGCAAGCUGGUGUUGCAAGGAGACGAAGUGCUUAGGCGGGUGACGAUGGGCCUGUUUGAGCUGCGAGGGGCACAGGCAGAGCGAGGACCUCGCGCCUUCUCUGCUCUGGCUGAGUGCUGUGCGCCCUUUGAGCCGGCCAGCGCUACCAGGAGUUUGUGCGGGCACUGCAGCCUGGGCCCCGCACCCGCAUCUCCUGCCUUCUGCUUCCAGGAGUUCACGCCUGUGGUGCACAGGGAUGCCAGGCCCACUCCAGGCAGUGAUGUGGACAGUGUAGGUGGUGGUCAUGAAUCCCAGUCUCUGGAUUCCCCUACUUCCAGCCCAGACCUAGCCUGCCCCAUGACCACCAUAAUGAUCCUACUCUGUGCCCCUGACCCCAGUGCUGGCGCUCGGAGGCUUGUGAAGGCGUCAUCUACAGGCACUGAGUCCUCCGAUGACUUUGAGGAGCGAGACCCUGAUCUGGGGGAUGGGAUGGAGAACGGACUAGGCAGCCCCUUCAGGAAGUGGACACUGUCCACAGCCGCUCAGACCCACCGGCUACGGCGGCUGCGUGGCCCAGCCAAGUGCAGAGAAUGUGAAGCCUUCAUGGUCAGCGGGACAGAGUGUGAAGAGUGCCUUUUGACCUGUCACAAGCGCUGCCUGGAGACCCUCCUCAUCCUCUGUGGACAUCGGCGGCUUCCAGCCCGGAUGCCUCUCUUUGGGGGUAUCUAUCGGGUCAGCGGGUCCCGAGUGCGUGUGGAACGGCUCUGCCAGGCCUUCGAGAACGGCCGAGCACUGGUUGAACUGUCCGGAAACUCUCCUCACGAUAUCACCAGUGUCCUCAAGCGAUUUCUUCAGGAGCUCACUGACCCCGUGGUCCCCUUCCACUUCUACGACGCCUUCAUCUCUCUGGCAAAGACCCUGCAUGCAGACCCUGGGGACAGCCCUGGGACCCCCAGCCCCAGCCCUGAGGUUAUCCGCUCGCUGAAGACCCUCCUGGGGCGGCUGCCCGACUCUAACUACAACACCCUGCGGCACCUGGUGGCCCAUCUGUUCAGGGUGGCAGCUCGGUUUGAAGAAAACAAGAUGUCUGCCAACAACUUGGGGAUUGUGUUUGGGCCUACGCUGCUGCGGCCACCAGAUGGACCCAGGGCCCCCAGUGCCAGUCCCAUGGCCUGUCUGCUGGACUCCAGUCACCAGGCUCAGCUUGUUGAGUUCCUCGUUGUGCACUAUGAGCAGAUCUUUGGAAUGGAUGAGCUCCCUCUGGCCUCUGAGCCCCUGACCAAGACCCUGGCCUGGCUCUUGCGCCCCUCGAACCCAGUCCCCAGCACCCAGCCCCACUUGCCCAAGACCCACAGCCCCUGA